ACAUUCACAACAUCAUACGACACAAACUUUCAUCUGCACUCUUUUCUUCCGUUCAUUUUGUUCUUCAACUUUGUACUGGGUCUCAAGCAUCUUUCAUACUUUCUGCCCUAUCACUCUCAUCAUGGAAACCACCAUCGCGCCUUUAAGCGCCGCAAUGUUGGAUCAGCCGUCUUAUCUUGACGCCCUUUCUGGACUCGUUCAUUCGGCUGAGUGUCUGGCAUCAAAGGGCUAUGUGACAGGUCGUCUGUCAGAAGCCGACCUCGAGAAAAAGCGACGUUGUGCGAGAUGCAAUAUCUUGCUUGUAAAAGAAGAACGACGAAGUCGACAAAAGUUGCUUCCAAAGAAAGAUGCCGCGCUUUCGACUGCCCCGGGAUCCUUGCAGAGUAAGAUUGUGGAUGAGGUUGUUUCACUGGGGAUGGAACAACUCAAGUUGGAGGAAACACAGGCCCCCGAAAUGCGCUGUAAAUUCCACGAUGGAAAGCUUGUCAACAAAAAAUGGACCUGCUGUGACCAGCAUCCGACAGGCCGUCCCUGCAAACAAGAAGACGAGCACCAACCCGAAAGUCGUACCAUAAAGGAGAUUUCCACUCGCUGGCAGUACUCCGCAACGCCUCCCGCUCUGACAAAGAAUACGCGUGUUGCCGUCGUGAUCGACUGUGAAAUGGGAACGGCUGCAUCCGGUGACAAUGAGCUGAUCCGCCUGACCCUCAUCGACUACUUCACCAGCCAAGUUCUGAUCGACAAGUUCGUCUGGCCUGACGUUCCGAUGCAGCACUUGAACACCAAAUGGUCAGGCGUAACCUGGAAGAUGAUGAACGAAGCUCGGAACAAGCGAAAGUGCGUGUUUGGCUGGAGAAACGCCCGGGCCUUGGUCUGGAAGUUCGUGGGUCCGGGUACCAUUGUCAUUGGGCAUGGUGUCAACUCAGAUCUCACUUGUCUGCGAUGGAUUCAUCCUCGACUUAUUGACACGCUUAUUGUUGAAGGGAAUAAUCGUGAGACAAAGACUGGGCUUUCGUUGAAGAAGUUGGCUGAGGAGCGGUUGGGGAGAGCCAUCCAGCAGGGGAAAGGGCAUGAUAGCCUUGAGGAUGCGAUUGCGACACGAGACUUGCUCCACUGGAAUGUUCUGAAGUUGACUGGAGGGCUUACAGAGGCUUGAGCGAGAUGGACUUAUCGAUUUGAUGUAGCGGCUAAAGCGUUGUAUUUGCCUAGGAAUAUUCGUUGAGGGUAUCGUCCACGUUGGGGACUAGAAUGCUUUGAGUCGCAUAUGUCAUGGGCCUGUAUUCUAUGCGUAAAGGCGCGUUGUAUGUACUUCUUCCCCUUCCUGAAGUGCAAAACCAUCGGAUUCUUGAUACCCUGUAGUAGGAACAUCCAGAUCAUGAAUCAGAAUUAUAGAAUGCCUUCUGGAUGUCCAUGAAUUCGGUGCAUCUGAACAUGUCCUGCUUGUUUGUC